AUGAUAUUGCAUUCUUCUUUGCUGAAUUACAGAUUGCUUAAUAACAAUCACCUUCAGUCAAUCAGUGAUGAAGCUUUCGAAGCCCAGAGACAGCUUGUCAUAUUGUAAGUAUAGUCCACUUUUCGGAAAAGAUGUUAUGAUGACCGACCCAAGGCAGAGUAAACAAAGUAGUUACCUCGUAUUGUUACAACUUUUAUAGAGAAGGAAAAUGCAUUAUGAAUAAUCAAGGCAUAAUAACCUCAGUUCCGCAUGUAGUUACUUCCCGGAGCAGAAAAUAGAUAAAAAACGAAAUCGAUAAAAAUCGUCAGCGAUCAAGUGAUUUUAUCGAUUGAUAACGGAAAACGGUGAAAAGCUAUCGAGAGAAAUCUUUUAGUCUUAAUUUCGAACAUCUCUUUGACUCUAGAGGAUGUCUGAAAUUCAGACUGGGCAAUCUUUUAUUUUUUAUGAUACCGUUGCGAGAUUUCGUACCGGAGUUAAAUUCUCGCCCCGGUACAACAACCGGGGUGAGCUCACGCCGGAGUGACUCGCGCCUAUAUAUGGCGUUAAAUCUCCGCCAAAAAUCAAGUUUUGCUUUCAACAUGCUUUGAUCGUUGUCAGAAACUCAAAUGUUAAAACGAAAGCUUCAAUGUUGAAACGAAGACUGGAUUGUUGAAGCCAUUAGUUGAGUGUUCAAGAGGCAACUUCAAUCUUGAAUCUUGUUUAGCGUCUUUGAACUUGUAUGAUGUUGAAUGCAAAGAAACUGUUUUGUUCCUAAAAGUUCAUAUCUAAAUCGUAAACAUAACGGUUAAAAUGAAAACUUGGAUGUCGAAAGUAAAACUUGAUUUUUCAGGGGCACCCGACGUCAAUUUUCGGAAAAUAUCUAUUCGGAAGACGAUUUGAGAUCUAGAAUUUUCGGAACAUUUGUUGUAAAAUGUCUUGCUUACCUGCCUCUCCUAUGAUUUUCGAACAUCUAAAAAAUGGUAUAAUUGCUCAUUUUUAACGGAUGUUUACCCUAAAAAGGUCAACUAGAAUUUUGGGAGCCUUUUUUCUGGCUGAAAUUUUCGAAAAGGUCAGUUUCGAUUCCUACAACUUUCGGAUCACUGGACUCUUCAGCUAGUAAAUCCGAACAGAUGAAAAAUUUUUAGGGGAUAAAAAUAUGCCUAUAUCUGCCGUUUAUAUACUAAAAUAGGUUUAACAAUGCUAUGUUUAAGUGGCUUUGAAUUAUAUUCUCGUUGGGUGCCCCUGAUUUUUGGCGGAGAUUUAACGCCAUACCGCGCCGGCAUGGCAUUUUGUGGUGGUAUCAUGUAAACAAAUAUAGAGUCAUGAGAGGGAACCGGAGUGAACUCGCGCCGGCGAGAAUGUCGCCCCGAUGUCAUGUAAACACCCCCUUAGUUUAAGCUAGUACUUCGUUUAACAGGCAAAAUGAAGAAAAGAAAGUCUGCUUUUAGUUUUGUAGCUGAAUUGUGUUAUCACAAAUUUUCAGAAAGGUUUCUUUUCAACUUCAGACGUAGAUGACAAGUGGCUUUUAGUGAAAAUAAGGAAUGCGUUCGUAUAGCCACAGCAAGCAAUCAAUCAUGCAAACAUCUAUUUCUGAAAUACCCUUACAGAAAGGAUUAAGAAGAUACAUGUUUGCGAACAUAUUCGAGGGAGCGGGAAAUGGAUAUUCCCUUUGUACCGGACUAUUAGGACUUAGCGGAAGAUCCCUUCUUCUAAUUUAUGUACAAGAUCUUACGAGCUAGUCCAAGAGAAAAUAAUUGGACCUGUCCAGUUACUUUCUCUUAAUCCGCUCAAGUGGCUCACAAACUCGGGGAAGGUUUCUCGUCUUACAAUGUAUUUCAAGGACUGAUUGGUCACUUGAUUACUGGCGUUUCGACUGGCAGCUUCUUAUAUACUAACACUUACGCAAUUCAAACCUUUAGAUUGCUUUCAGAUAAUCCUAUCAAGACUAUUGGGCAUCGGGCUUUCAGUAUCCCAGAGAAACCAAAUGAGGUCUUAAUGUAAGUAUAAACCGAUUUGUAUUAUUUAUGAAUGGUUCAUAACUUUCGCCAAGUAGUAGUAUUUAGUAAUAGUAGUAGCAGCAAAGCUUUAUUUGAAAUCGGAUUGAAGAGUAGCACAUGAGCGCUAGCUAGCUCACAAAGUUCAGACAAACGAACAUUGUUUGUAAAGUGAUCUAUACUAGCGGUAGCUCUAAGAUUAUGACGAUGAUGUGAACUGCCGAAAUACAAAUUUUGAAUGAAGAUAUGAUCGUCGCAUUAAUGUUUAUUGCAAUUUUGCAAAUAAACUCGCAAACAUUUUCGGGAGUUCAACGGGAUGCGAACCCAUGGCCUCUACGUUAGCGCUGCAGUGCUCCAUCAUUGAGCUAUGAAGACCCAGCAGACCAAUUUGUUGAGUUUAUUUUAACCCGUAAAAGGAAUGAGACAUGAAGAUGAUGUGAGCCGCGGAAAAACAAAUUUUGAAUAAAGAUAUGAUCGUCGCGAUGAAGAUAAGAUCAUCAUCUAAAGUCUAAACUAUUUUAUAGUUUGGGUUCUAAAAAUUUGAAAGAGGGUGUUCCAUAAAAGGUGGUAUUGACACGUGGCAACUGUAAAUUGUUUUUACCUCUAAGCUGAUUGCUAGUUCUAGGUACGAGUGGUGCUGAUAUGUAGGUAGGUGUGACAGCUUGAAAGAACUUGUAAUGAAAAGAAGAAGCAACAAUAAGUGAUAAUUAUGGGAACAAAUAGUAGUGGUAAUAGAAGAUACCAAAGAUAAUAAUAACUUUUCAGUUAACUUUUCGUUCUUUGCAGCUUCAUGAUUCGCACUCACUUAAAAGAAGUGAGCCUCCGAGUCUUGUCUUUUCACGAUUUUCAUAACCUAACUUCCCUCAUGUAAGUACGAUUGGUAUAUUAUCAGAACUGUUGUAGAAAUUUGCCAAAUACAUAACAGAGGGAGUUCUGCAUCUUCCGUCGCAAUAGCCCCACAAAAUAUAUAAGUAUGAGGAUGUAUAUUAUAAACAUAUACGGUCGCUGUCAUCUUAUAAGGAAUCACACUCGUUCACUACGCUCACUCUUUCAAUUUAGGAUACGUUAACAGCUUACAACUGUGCAAAACCGCACGAGUACACUUUUCAUGAAGUAUUCUAUAUAAAACUCAAUUAUUGGUGUCCUUGCUAUUAGUUGCUUCGCUCGUAGGAAAUCGGGCUUUGAUAUCAAUAAGAAAGACUUAACUAUCCAUUUUUCGUACUCUUUUGUAGAACCAUGAAUGAUGGUAAAAUUGGUACCAUGAAAGUUUUGGAUUCACUUCAACGAGAGCGCUGCACUUUUCAUCUGUUAGUAACUUUC